AUGUGUGCUUCAUUUCGGAUAGCGGUACUAAUUAUCUGUAUAGCUGUGGUCUCCGGACAUGUUCGCGGACCAAGAAGGUCACGUCGGAUGGAUGCUGAAGACUAUGCGCAGAAUGAAAUUGAAAGCAGUAGAGCAGAUGAGAGUUCUUGGUGGCCAUCAGCGGAAUUCUCCAUUUUACAAAAACUUUACGACGAUUGUAGUGCGCAGAAACAUUUAACAAUGUGUCUAAAAGGCAAAGCUCUCGUUGCUUUAACAAGAGCAGUGGAACAGGAAAGUGUACAGCUCGCUGAUGGGCUUACAUUGGUUAAACAAGCUGAUACGCCAAAUUCUGUAGCAGAGCCUCGCUUCCUCCCGGGAAUGUCGAUGGAGGACAAACUUGAUACUAUGCUACGUACUCGAUUCGAGCAAUUAUUAGACACGCACACUAUUUCGAUGGAUUUAGCCUCAGAAGGUAGAGGUAGAGGUAAGAAGGUACUACCCUACUUGCUACUUGGGAUUUUUACAACCGUCAGUAUCGUGGGAGGUAUUGCCUUAAAGACAUUAGCUGCCAUAGCUGGUAAAGCGCUCAUUGCUAGCAAGGUAGCGCUAACAAUUGCUGGAAUCAUCGCCCUUAAGAAACUAUUCAGCCAUGAUGGCGCGGCUGGUGAAACUACGUUCCAAGUUCACGCAGAUGGCCACCAUAGGCGGAACUUAUAUGUGGUGAGGCCAGCGAGGUCGGGCACCGUGGAUCCUUACCGCUACUACGCGGACCAGUUGCAAGCAAGCGAGAGUGCG